AUGCCAGCUACAAGUGAUCAGGAAAUACAUGAAAUAUCGGCCGAUGAUACUCCACUGCGGCUAUCCAGCAAUCCGGCAGUUCAGGAAAUAAUCGCAUUGAAACCUGAAUCUGAGAGGACAGAUGCAGAUGUGAUUAAACAUAUUAGACCAGUUGGUAAAAUUGCUUUGAUCGGCGGUAAGUAUUCUAGAAGUUCUUUCUUUUUUUUAACUUUAUAA